GGCCCGGCGCCUCGCCCCAGCCCCGCGGCCGGCCGCCGCCAUGAGCGGCUCCUCGGGCACCCCGUACCUGGGCAGCAAGAUCAGUCUCAUUUCCAAGGCGCAGAUUCGCUACGAGGGCAUCCUCUACACUAUCGAUACGGACAACUCCACCGUGGCGCUCGCCAAAGUGAGGUCUUUUGGUACUGAAGACCGCCCCACAGAUAGGCCUGCCCCCCCGAGAGAGGAGAUUUACGAGUACAUCAUUUUCCGUGGAAGUGACAUCAAAGACAUCACCGUGUGCGAACCUCCAAAAGCUCAGCACACGCUUCCUCAGGAUCCUGCCAUUGUACAGUCUUCCCUGGGCUCGGCCUCCACGUCGUCCUUUCAGCCACACGUGCCUUACAGCCCCUUCCGAGGGAUGCCCCCCUACAGCCAGCUGGCAGCCAGCUCCCUGCUCAGCCAGCAGUACGCAGCCUCCCUAGGUCUCGAGAAGUUGGUAAGCCCACCAGCCUCAGCUGCUGCUUCCAGCCCUAGCUCUUCUCCAUCUCCACAGCCUGUGUCAGAGCUUGACAUGUCUUCAGAGCCACACCAGCUCACAUCCAAGGGGCCUGGUUUUCCAUCCAUCCCAGUCGGCAAGAGUCCCAUGGUGGAGCAGGCCGUUCAGACUGGUUCUGUUGAUAACCUGAGCACCAAAAAGCUGUUGCCUGGCAAGGGGUCUGCAGGGGUGCAGCUCAACGGUCGCCAGGCCCAGCCAAGCAGCAAGACCCCCAACGAUGGAGCUCAGCCUGCAGCUGUGCAGAAUCAAGGGCUGGUGAACGACGAGAACAGGAGACCUCAGAGGAGAAGAUCAGGGAACCGGCGGACAAGGAACCGCCCCAGAGGGCAAAACCGCCCAGCUGCUGUGAAGGAAAACACUAUCAAGUUUGAAGGCGACUUUGACUUUGAGAGUGCGAAUGCUCAGUUCAACCGAGAGGAGCUGGACAAGGAAUUUAAGAAGAAACUAAACGUUAAAGACGACAAAGCUGAGAAGGGGGAAGAGAAGGACCCAGCAGUAGCAACCCAGAAUGAUGAGACCCCCGUUGAGGAGGACCUUCUGGGGCCCAACUGCUACUAUGACAAGUCCAAGUCGUUCUUUGACAACAUCUCCUCUGAACUCAAGACCAGUUCCAGGCGUACUACGUGGGCUGAAGAAAGGAAGCUCAACACGGAGACCUUUGGGGUAUCAGGAAGGUUUCUGCGUGGCCGCAGCUUCCGGGGUGGAUUUCGAGGGGGUCGAGGCACCGGCACAGCUCGUCGCAACCCAACCACCCACAGAGCUGGGACUGGUAGGGUGUGAGGAUGCAGCCCGACGCUCCCGCUGAGGCGGCACAGAAGGAGCUGCGUACGUGAGGACAGGACAACGUGGAAGACGCCGCACUUCUUGGGCGAGACACGGGUCGCUUUGUUUACUGUGGAAAGUUCGCGCCCUGCUACUUGUGUUUUGGACUUACUGUGGAGUGGUCCAAGUUAGAGCCACUUGUUUUGGGGGACGUGUCCCAGGUGGCCUCCUUGAGGUGACCUGGCCUGUUUUUCUCGUUCAGUGCUCACAGCUAAUCCCAAGGUUUGCUAUUUUUCAGAAAGGUUUCCACUUGGGCCUCACUCAGUGACUUUUUAUGACUGCUUUGACUUCUAAAGUGGAACCAAAUUGCAUUUGGCAAAUACAGCAGCCAGGUGUGUCUGCAGCAGACUGGCCUUUGGUGCUGCUGGCCUGGUACUCCCGCUGUCCAGGGCAGGGCCCCAGGAGCCAGGGCCAGCUCAGGCGGGGUGGGCGGGGUAUCAGGCGGAUCAUGUUGUAAAGCAAACUAGGGUGCCUUGCUGCCACCUGAAGUGGGGUUGUCAAGGUUGGGGACUGGCAGAUGAGGGAGGAGGCUCAGGAGGACCCCUGGGAAUAGGAUGGGGCACUGAACUUAGCUUCUUAGUGCAGAGUGUGCUUCUGUAGGGGCUGAUGUUGGGGUUGAAGCCCAGGAUAGGCCCCUGCCUGAUCCUGGCAGGCUCUGUGUCGGGCCCUGGCAGAGGACAGCAGUGUCCUCGUCCACUUUGGAAAUGAGCCAAUCUUUUGCUAGUUCAGCUGACCAAGAGCAUAUCUUCUCUCAAUUGUAAAUAGUUGUGUUUUUCUCUCUCAAGGUGGGG